GUUUAAUUGUUAAAACGCAGCACGUUUCAAGCCAGUCUAGUGGAAGUCGUCCGAGAAACAGUUUGGAGAAUUUGCGAAGUUUCUUCGGUGAAGUGUGAAAUUAAGCGGCUCAAUAAUGAAGGCAGUUUUGGUGUGCUUGCUAUUUGCCCUGGCCGGCCAAUCUCUGGCUCAGACCCAGGAAGAAUUUUUGGAUUAUCUUAUGGAGAUACAAGCUCAGGCGGAAGCUGUGCACCAGAUCAUGGAAGGAACUUUUGACAAUACCCGAUUCGCCAUGAGUGACCACCUGAUCGGGCUGAACCGCGACUUGAUCGCCAGCAUGAACGACGCUUUGAUCCGAGUUGAAGAAAUCAGGGAAACCACAGAGGAGUUAGUCAGCAACUCCAACGCCCCACAGAAUUGCAUCGAUGUGGCAACCGCAAACUGGGACGUCGAAAUUACAUGGGUUGGUCAAGCUAUUCAACAAUGCGCUAUUCAGGCUAACUUGGAGAUUACCGGAGCUACCGCAAAUAUGCAUGGAGCCAUUGAAAAUGCUCAAACCCAGUCCACUGAACUACAAAACAUUGUUGUGCAUGGGUUCAUCGAUUGGAAUGCGAUCGACUAUACUGAAUCGAUCUCCACCAUUGUGGGAGCUCGUAUCGAGCAAAGACAGCAGGAAUUCGAGACGGUUACAGAGCCCAAUUUGGAACGUGUGCUUGGAGAGGUAUUCGCUCUGACCACCGAUAUGCUGCCACGGAUCACUACCUGCAUCAACCGUGGAGUGGAACGUUUCAAUAACUACGCUCGUGUGAUUAGCGACACUUUGUUCUUCUGCCAGUAGGUGCAGCGUUAGAAAUUUUGUUGUAAUGUGAAAGCGCUGAUUUAAGAAUAAAUAUAAAUUUCCGAAGACUGUAA